CCUAGCGGCGGGCCGCGCAUCUCGCGCAUUCCACCUUAAAAGCGCUCAAUGCGAUCAACGCACGCGUACAGUAUGUUUCCGUUUUUUCCCCCCAGCGCGCUCGCACCGCGGCUCGAAAGACUGCGAGCGUCACGUCGAAGGCAACACUGACGCACUUCAUCCACUCUAUCAAGCUUGAAGCCCAUUAGGAAUAAUGUCUGAGCCGUACCGCGAAUGGAUCCUGGGCUCCAUAGACUCGCUGAGGUCGAGGAAAGCGCGACCGGACCUGGACAGAAUUUGCAGGAUGGUCAAAAGACGACACGGCUCGGAUUGGGACCGAACCCGGUCAGAACUAGAGAAACUGAUAGAGGAGCAAACGGUGCUCAAAGUCAACUAUAAAGGCUCGGUUUCCUAUCGCAACGCGGCAAAGGUGCUAAGAGGCAGGAGAAAAACCGAGCAGAGCAAGUGUGCGGUGAAACAGCCUUCUCUCGCGGACUGGAGCACCGGCGACAGCGCUCUGGGUCCCGUGGAUGAGGAUCACAUGGAGGACAUGGAAGACGAGAUGUCCACGACAGCGGGAAUGGACAGCAGCAUGGACGAGGAGGGGGAUGAGAGCAGUCUGGAUGCCAUGUGCGCUCAGAGCACCGCUGACUCGGGCAUCAGCAUGAGUCCCAUCACCAGCAGUAACGCCAGUCAGCCUGUUCCCUCACCCACAUCCUCAAAGAACUCUCCUACCCAUGAUGCUCUGCGGCAGGACACCGACAGCGCUUGCAUCCUAUCUGAGCACAUACAGCCAGAAGCCCAGCAAGACACAGGAUCUGUGGCGCUCGUGCAGCAGCCAGCGGCCAUCUGUCUCUCCACUCUUCACGUCGAGGAUCCGCUGCUGUCACACUGCACAGCCGCGCCGGACGAGGCGCUGAAGUCAGACGGAGGGCCUGAUCCUGUUGAGGAGGGUGAAAUGUGCACUAAGAGCACAACAGAGGAAGAAAUUAACAAUGGAGGGAUGAAUAUUGGAAAUGAUGUGGUAAAGAAAGAAAUCGGGCAGGACCCUUUGCUUUGGAGCGUGGCUGAUGUGGCCAGUUACUUCACGUCUGUGGGCUUCCCUGAGCAGGCGCUGGCUUUCAGAACACAGGAAGUAGAUGGGAAGUCCCUACUGCUGAUGCAGCGCAGUGACGUGUUGACUGGUCUGUCGAUCAGACUCGGCCCUGCGCUUAAAAUCUAUGAGAAUCAUGUGAAGGUGCUGCAGAGAAGCCACUUUCAGGACGACAGCCGUCUCUUCUCAUAGUGCUUGUGUUUUCAGCGAAAACAGAUGGAAAUUCUCCUGCGCUGGCCACGAAAUGAGGGGAAACGUUCACUCUUUAAGACUUGAAUUGCACAAUCCUCCUCAGCUUAUCUUCUCUUCUUCCGUGUGAGGACAUGCCGCAUGAUUCAACCCUGCAGUCUGUUCUUCUGUUCUGUCGGUGUCCUUCUAUCCAUCCGUCGCAGGGCUGACGGGACCAUUCGUCUUAGUAGAAGUGUUAUUUUUUGUCUACGGUGGAGCUUUUCAUUCACCAGUGUUUUGUCCUUCCGUUUUUGUCAGGUAUGAUUUACAGUGUCGCAAUAUUAUAUAAACAUUGUUCCUGUCCAAUUAAAUGUACGAUGUUCAGCGAUGUUUUACAGCAGUCUUAAAAUGGUCUUGCGAAGUUAGGAAAUAAAUUCCAGUUUCAGAAUCUGAAAUUGCAUUUGUGGCAUCAGUCUUUUCUGUUAUGCAUUUUGCCUGCUAAGCAGAGAUAUGGAGUGAGUUAUUGAUGCUUUAAUUCCAGCACUGCACAGCCAGUACAUUUACUCUGAGAGAAGCAUUCAUAUUGGCAUUCAUAGUGAGAUAGAAACAUAGUUGAUUGUGAUUCAAAAAAUAAUUUUUUUUUUUUUUUUUUUGAAAGAAAGAAAUGAAAACUUUUAUUCGGCAAGAAUGAAUACCAGACUUAAUUUCUAACGCAAAAUAUAACACAACCU